ACCAGUAAUCAACAUCCAAAUAUGGCUGAUAAUGCCACCAAGAAGGAAGAAAUCACCGAAUCGUUUCAUGACGAUGGGUCAUCCUCAUCGGAUUCCGAUGGAAAACAACCCAAAGUCAAGAAGGAUUUUCCUGUUCCUCCAAACCAUCGAAACAAGGUCGAAAGCGUCUCGUGGAAGGAGAAGCCUGUUCAUACCCUCUUAGGAGGUGGUGAUGUUGCUGACUUACUUCUAUGGAGGAACAAGAAGAAAUCUGCUGGCGUGCUUGGUUUCGCGACUAUAAUAUGGGCACUCUUUGAAAUGAUCGAAUAUCACUUACUUAGUCUACUAUGCCACAUUCUAAUACUUGUGCUCGGGGUCCAUUUCUUGUGGUCCAACACACUUAACUUCAUCUACAAGUGUCCAGAAUUCCCACAAGUCGCCCUCGACGAAGAUACUGUUCUUGAGGCAGCCUCGGUCCUCAGGCAUGAAAUCAACAACGCGCUUGAGGUCCUUCGAGAAAUCGCUUCUGGGAAAGAUUUAAAAGAAUUUCUAGCUGUGAUUGCUGGUUUGUGGAUUGUAUCCAUUGCAGGAAGUUGUUGCAGCCUCUUGACCUUAGUCUACACAUCCUUUGUUCUUCUGCACACUGUGCCAUUGCUGUACGAGCGGCACAAGGAAAAGGCUGAUGAGUAUCUUGAGAAAGCAGAAGCUGAAUUGAAGAAGCAAUGUGAGGGAUUGCAAGAGAAGGUUUUAAGCAAAAUUCCAAGUAGAAAAGACAAGAAAUUUGCAUAGGAACUACUGCAACUAGUUUCACAUU